GACAGAAAUUUCUACGUGCGUAUUGAGAAAUUUGGCUCUAAAUCCAAAUUCAGCGAUUAUAUUUAGUCGUAUAAUGCCUCAUAUCCAUCGAUAAAAUAGUUCACUUUUGUUGUUUGGACUCUGGAGAAAUGGAUGGACAAAAAGCAGCUGGUUCAGUGUUUAUGUGUCGGCUGUGCAACCUCUUCUCGCCCAGUCGCUCUCAGCUGCUGGCCCAUUGCUCCCAGAGGCACCUCCAGCAGGAGCCACAUGAUGAUAUCAUCAUUGCUCUGCAGCCCCUUGUAGGAGAGCCUGUGGAGACACUGGCAGAGAGCCCAGUGAAGCGAAAACGAGGACGACCGAAAGGCUCUACGAAGAAGACGCGCACAGAUUUGACAGAGGCCAACUCUACCUGUUCUCUUGAGGAUCGUGUUCAACGAGAAGAAGGAAAUAAGGAGGAAAGAGACAGAAAAUGUAGCUCAGUAGAAGAAAGUCACGACGGUAUUUUGGGGCUGGAAUGUAGAGACUGUCAUCGCUCAUUCAGCAACAGACGACAGAUCCUCAAACACAUCUGCCUAAAAGAAGAGGAAGAGGAGGAGGAAGAAGAGGAGAAUGGGAGCAUCAGUGGUGGAGCAGGAGUUGAGGGUACUGGGAGUUUGGAUCCUGGGGGGGCAGAUCCAAACCAGGCACAACAAAACCCAGCAAGACCAGGAAUCCUGAGAGACAAAGACGCAGGCAUAUUCAAAACCCCAAGAGCAAACCGAAACCGCACCUCCAAAGAAGGAGGCCUAGCAACAGGAAACAAAAAGUCGGUCAUCAGUGUUGUUCUGACAGAGGAUGAAACGCUUCCAGGCGUUUCUAAAAUGGUUCCAGUAGAGGACAGUUCAGCAGAGACAGAGUCUGCAGCCAACCAAGCUCAGCCUCAGCAGUCUGCAGUCUUCCAGAGUCAGUCACAAGACCUUGCAAGUGAGGCCACUGCCUGUGAAGGAAACCCUAAAACAAAUCAGGAGCCAAGUUCUAACCCGACCUCCACAACGACAGCAGCAGCCAACAGAGGCUUCCAGGAAUAUUCUAUCAAGCAAGAUGCUACCAAUUUGCUUCAGAGCCAGUUGAAGAUCUUCGCCUGCGAGUUCUGUAACAAGAUCUUUAAAUUCAGACACUCACUGGUUGCCCACCUCAGGACACACACCCAGGAGAAACCGUUCCAGUGUCCACACUGUGACUACGCGUCAGCCAUCAAAGCAAACCUGAAUGUUCACCUGAGGAAGCACACAGGAGAGAAGUUCAGCUGUCAGCACUGUCCUUUCAACUGCCUCAGCCCAGGACACCUCAAGGUCCACAUAGAGCGAGUCCAUUUGAAGGUGAAACAGCACUGCAGCUUCUGUGAGAAAAAAUACUCAGACGUGAAGAACUUGCUGCAACACAUGGAGAAACGACAUAACCUAAAAGACCCUGCCGUCAACCAGAGCUACCAACAACUCAGGUUAAAGACUCGUCAGGGCCUCAGACAGCUCCUCUACCACUGUCCCACCUGUAACCGCCGCUUUAAGAACCAACUGGAGCGGGAGCGCCACCUGUUGGUCCACGGGCCCCAGCGUCCCUUCGCCUGCCUCCUCUGUGACCAUGCUGCAACCAGGAUGGCCACACUCACUGCUCAUGUCAGGAAGCACCUCUUCCUGUACGUGUGCUGUGUGUGUGACGGGAAGUUUGUCAGCUCUCAGAGACUGACGAGUCACCUGAAUGAGUCUCACCCCGAGCUGGACCAGGUGCAGGCCUUCACCGACUGUAUCAACAACAGCUACUAUCUGAUACAACCUGGAGGAGCCAUGUGGGGGGAUAAGGAGCUGGAGGAUGCAGAGAAAGGGACGAAUGAGGAGCUCAGGAUAGUGCAGGAGGGUGAAGAUGAGAGGACAAGAGAGGAGGGUAGAAGUAAUGGUGUCGGAGGAGGGGAGUGGCGAGAUGGGGAAGUGGAGCAGCUGGAAGUAGCAGUGAGCGAAGAGAAAGAGGAAGAACAAGCUACAUCUCAGGGUGAAAGUGUGGAGGAAGUGCAGGCGAAAGAAGGAGAAUUAGAAAACAGAGGUGCACAGCAAGCUUCUCAACAUCUGGUCCAUCAGGCCCUUUCUACAGAAACCACAGCUCCCUCUGAUGGUCAGGAGGAAGCAAGAGCUGGAGAAAAGUCACAGGACAGCACAGUGGACGCAUGCACCCCCACAGCUGAGGACAAUACACAGACUUUUUUAUCACCUGAGAGCAGUCACACCCCACUCUUGGAGGCCAGGACUCAAGAAAACACACACACAGCUGAAGAGAGUCCACAUGCGGCCAAAAACACACACACAGCACAUCCAGGGGAAGAUGGACAAACUCCAGAUUCAGAAAAGGUGUCGGAGUUUGUCCAUCAGAGUGCCUUCCAACAGGUGUUCUCCUCUCUUCAGAAGAUUCGGCUUAAUAUGGAGUCUUUCCAACGGCUGAGGAAAAUUUACGGAGACCUUGAAUGUCAGUAUUGUGGUAAACUGUUCUGGUACAAAGUCCACUAUAACGUUCACGUGCGCACUCACACCAAGGAGCACUUGCAUUACUGUACAAAGUGCAGCUACUCUUCCAUCACCAAAAGCUCUUUGAAGCGGCAUCAGAUCCAGAAGCACAGUGGCCUGCUGCUGCCGUGUUCAAAUCCUGGCUGUAAAUACACCACACCUGACAAGUACAAACUACAGGCCCAUUUGAGGACGCACCAGGAACAGGGCGUGAGUGUGACUUGUCCUGUAUGCCAGCAAAGCUACCCAGAGCACAAACUAAAACACCACAUCAAAACAGCCCACCCUGACACCCUCCCUGUGCAGGGUAAGGGUCUGAUGGUGCAGCGCGCAGAGAAGUGUCCCUACUGUGAUUCCUACUUCCUGAAGAACAGCAGUGACUUUCAGCGGCACAUCUGGGCACACCAAGGUUUGAAGCCGUACGUCUGCACUGUGUGUGACUAUGCCGGCCGCAGCAGGAGUAACCUGAAGACUCACAUGAACAGACACAACACAGAGCGGCGCCACCUCUGUGAUCUGUGCGGUAAAAAGUUCAAGUCUAAAGUCACACUCAAAAGUCACAGACUGAGCCACACUGACGAAGGGAAACGGUUUCAAUGUUCAGAGUGUGACUUCACCUCGGUCUCCAAACCCUCCUUACUCAGACACAUGGAGCAACACGCUGAGUUUAAGCCAUUUCGCUGUGCCCACUGCCACUACUCCUGCAACAUCGCUGGUCCCCUGAAGCGACACUACAACCUGAAACACCCAGAUCAGAAAUAUCAGAAUGCGGGACCUGGACUGCCAAACUCUGAUGCUCUGAUACAGCAAGGUGGUAUGAAGUGUCCUGAAUGUGAAUUUGUUUAUGGCACCAAGUGGGAGCUCAACCGCCACCUGAAGAGCAAGCACAGCCUAAAAGUGGUGGAGUGCACCUGGGAGGUGGAGGAGGCAGUAGAGGCCCAGUAUGUGCCUGUGGAGCACGAAGAGCAGCUGACAGAAGUACCUGUAGCAACCCUGCAGGACAAUGUUGAUAUCCAGCAGAUCACUGAAUUAAGUUCAGAGACUCAUGACGCUGUCACCUCUAUGGUUGCCAUGGCUCCAGGCACUGUUACCGUCGUACAACAGUUGCAGGUGGCUGAUGAGCAGGAAGUCAGUAACUGCAGCAACCAGCUGAUGGUGGUGAAUGCAGAGGGAGGUCUAACUGGCAACCAGGUGAUGGUGGUGGAGGACGCACACGGCCUGGAGGCUCUGACAGUCCUCACUCAGGGAGAAAACGCCCAUCACUAUAUCGUCUACGUCCAGGAACACACUGUAGAAAUUAACUAGUAAUGUAUUUUAAUACCUGUUGAUCCAUCAGUGCUGAGUAUCAGAUCUGCUUACAUAAAUUAAAUCAAAUAAAAUGUACCAAUAAGCACUUAAACCUGGAAGUAAAUGUUCCCCUGUCAUCAUUAGAUUUUCCUUCAUCAGAUUUAUUAUUCAGUCGCUAUUGGUAGUAAUAAAAACAUUAAGUGCAAUUCAAUGAAGAUGUGGCAUAUUUUGUACUUAUAAAGUAUAUUUAAAUAAAAUCCCUGUGUUCUACUGGA